AUCCCCGUUGACCCCAUUGAUACCCAUUGACCCCAUAGACCCCACUGACCCCAUUGCUCCCCGCUGACCCCAUUGCCUACUUAACGUCCCCCUUAAGGCCCCGCCCCUCUCCUCCCCACCAAUCACCUCCCACCUCAUUUACAUAACCCCGCCUUCCCAAUCUGGGCGUGCUCUCAAUUCAACCCGGCACGCAACGGGUUAACAUCGAGCCGGACCGCACCCGUGGGCGUGGCCAAACUCGCGUGGGCGUGGCAGAGCGAGAGGAAAGCAUCCUAUUGGCGGAGCCAAGCUGGGGGCGUGGCCGAGCGGCGGCCAAUCCCUCAAGGCGAGGCGGGAUCGAGAAAAGGGCGUGGCCUAACAUGGGAGGUGGCGGGGUGGGCGUGGCUCCCGCGUAGCCCCGCCCCUCUCCGCUGCGUCGCGCGGCUCUGACGUCAUCAUCCGGCGUUCGGACGAUGGUGGCGGGCGCCUUUCCCAUCGCCAAGCUGCUGACCCUCGGCGCCCGCCAGCUCAGCCGCCCGCUGGCCGCCCGCAUCAAGGCCGGGGCCCGCGCCAGCCCCUUCUUCCGCACCUACAUCUGCCUGCCGCCGGCACAGCUGUACCACUGGGUGGAGAUGCGAGCCAAGAUGCGGAUCAUGGGCUUCCGCGGCGCCGCCGUCAAACCGCUGAACGAGGAAGCGGCGGCGGAGCUGGGGGCCGAGCUGCUGGGGGAAGCCAUCGUGUUCGGCGUCGGGGGGCUGUGCAUCUACCUCGAGUACGCCCGGCAGGCGGGGCAAGCGCGGCGACGCGAGGAGGAGCAGGCGGCGGCCAUGCGAGACAUGGCGGCGGCGCUGGAGCGCAUGCGCGGCGAGCUGGACGCGCUGCUAGCCGAAAGGGGCGGGGCGACGCAGAGCCCCGCCUCCGACGCAAGCCCCGCCCCUGACAGAAGCCCCGCCCCCGCGGCACAGCUCGUCCCCGCCCAUUAAAGCGCCCCCGCGCUCUUCCCGGCGGCGGGCUGCGAGAAGGGGGCGUGGCCGCGGCGCGGGGGCGGAAGGGGCGGGGUU